GCGGCGGGGCGGGCGCCCUCGGCGGCGGCGGGUCGAGGGCAGCGGCCGGGCCAUGGCCACCAUCCAGUCUGAAACCGACUGCUAUGACAUCAUCGAGGUCCUGGGUAAGGGGACCUUUGGUGAGGUGGCGAAGGGCUCGCCCGGGCCCGAGGGGGGGGGCCAUCAAGAUCCUAAGAAGGAAGCACUGCGAUUCGACAGGGAAGUGCUCCGCUGCAUGCGGGGCCUGGACCCUGACGAGGCCCACAUCAUCCGCUUCCUCGAGUUCUUCCACGAUGCCCUCAAGUUUUACCUGGUCUUCGAGCUGCUGGAGCAGAACCUUUUUGAGUUCCAAAAGGAGAACAAUUUCCCCUGGCCCCCAAUCCGGGCGGGGGUUCGGUGCUCGGGCCUGGCCCGGCUCAAGAACGCCAUCCCCCUACCUGCCCAGAACAUUAUGGGUCACCGCCGGUGUCCCUUCAGGGUCAUUGACUUUGGCUCAGCCAGCAUCUUCAGCGAGGUGCGUUAUGUCAAAGAGCCCUACAUCCAGUCCCGCUUUUACCGGGCUCCAGAGAUCCUGCUGGGGUUGCCCUUCUGCGAGAAGGUGGACGUCUGGUCGCUGGGCUGCGUGAUGGCCGAGCUGCACCUGGGCUGGCCGCUCUACCCGGGCAACAAUGAGUACGACCAGAUCCGCUACAUCUGCGAGACGCAGGGCCUGCCCAAGGCCCACCUGCUGCACGCCGCCCGCAAGGCCCACCACUUCUUCAAGCGGAACCCCCACCCGGAGGCCUCCAACCCCUGGCAGCCUGGGUGGCCGCCCUAUCUGGCAAGACCAAGAUUGGGGGGGGGCGGGGCAGGCAAGCGGCGUUCGGACCGGGGCGCUGGCCGAGUGGGACCCAAGAGCAUGGUGGAGCUCAUCAAGCGGAUGCUGACCUGGGAGUCCCCGCAGCUCCCGGGCCGGGGGCCCGCUCACCAGCUGCUUCCGUUGUCCAAAGCUGGAGGGGCGGGCCGGGGGGCGCCCCUUUACCCUGGCGGAGGAGGAGGGAGGGGCAGGGGGGGCGGCAGUGGUGGCAGCGGUGGCAGCGGGGGGGGCACCCACCCGGAGGAGAAGCCCGGCGUGGAGGGCCACCACCAUGGGCCCGGGACCUGCGGGGCCCGGCUGUGGGGGGUGGGGCCGGGCCGGGCCUGGCCCUGA